CCAACUCCCUCCUUGCCUAAAUCGCCCACCAACCAAAGGCCAUAAUCUCGCCCACCUCACCUUCUUCUUCUUCUUCGAGUAGUUGCGUUCGGUGAGUUCUAAGAAUCUUACCUUUGAAGCAAAACUUCCCUUUUCUCUCUCAAUUUCCUAGUUUUUAAUAGCCCCCUCUUCUCCUGCUUCAACAGAGCAUACUUUAAAUUCGAGUGUUCUUAGUUACUCUAGGUGAUUGUGUUGUCGCAGAUCUUGAAUUGUAUUUCAAAUGGCUCGGAAGAAGAUUAGAGAGUAUGAUUCCAAGAGACUUCUCAAGGAGCAUUUGAAGCGCCUUGCUAAUAUCGAUCUCCAGAUCUGCUCUGCUCAGGUGACUGAGUCUACAGACUUCACAGAGUUAACAAAUCAAGAACCAUGGCUUUCUUCUUCAAAAUUAGUGGUGAAGCCCGAUAUGUUAUUUGGGAAACGUGGGAAGAGUGGCUUGGUAGCUUUGAAUUUAGAUCUAGCUCAAGUGGCAGAAUUUGUGAAAGGACGCCUUGGCGUUGAGGUUGAAAUGGGUGGCUGCAAGGCACCAAUAACUACAUUCAUUGUUGAACCAUUCGUUCCACAUGACCAAGAAUUUUACCUCUCAAUAGUUUCUGAAAGACUUGGCUCCACCAUUAGCUUUUCAGAAUGCGGGGGCAUUGAAAUUGAAGAGAACUGGGAUAAGGUUAAGACCAUUUUCCUUCCUACUGAGAAACCUAUGACCUUGGAGGCAUGUGCUCCGUUGAUUGCUACACUUCCUUUGGAGAUUAGAAGUAAAAUUGGUGGCUUUAUAACGGGCAUCUUUGCUGUCUUUCAAGAUCUGGACUUCACUUUUCUAGAGAUGAACCCAUUUACCCUGGUAAAUGGAGAGCCAUAUCCAUUGGAUAUGAGAGGAGAGCUGGAUGACACUGCUGCCUUUAAGAAUUUCAAGAAGUGGGGUAACAUAGAGUUUCCUCUUCCUUUUGGAAGAGUUCUCAGCCCUACUGAAAGCUUCAUUCAUUCACUAGAUGAAAAGACUAGUGCGUCUUUGAAAUUCACUGUUUUGAACCCAAAAGGUCGCAUAUGGACGAUGGUUGCUGGAGGUGGUGCAAGUGUUAUAUAUGCCGAUACUGUUGGUGAUUUAGGUUAUGCAUCAGAGCUUGGCAACUAUGCAGAGUAUAGUGGAGCUCCUAAUGAGGAGGAAGUCUUGCAAUAUGCAAGAGUUGUAAUUGAUUGUUCUACUGCUGAUCCUGAUGGUCGUAAAAGAGCCCUUCUUAUUGGAGGUGGCAUUGCUAACUUCACAGAUGUUGCGGCUACUUUCAACGGUAUCAUUCGAGCCCUUCGAGAAAAGGAAUCCAAGUUAAAAGCAGCAAGAAUGCACAUCUACGUUCGAAGAGGUGGUCCAAACUACCAGACUGGAUUGGCAAAGAUGCGCUCUCUGGGACAAGAGUUGGGAGUACCUCUUGAGGUGUAUGGGCCUGAGGCCACAAUGACAGGCAUUUGCAAGCAGGCCAUUGAUUGCAUAAUGUCUACGGCAUAGUUCUGCAACCCAUCCUUUUUAUGGAUGAGCAUGGAGAAAAACAAUUUGGAGCAACGUGUGUUUUAAAAGAUAAUUUUGCGUACAAGGCAUGAACCCAAUUUUAUAAAUUUUCCUUUUUUAGGUGAAAAACUUGAUUGAAUGGUUUCCAGUCCUUGUAGCUGUGGCAUUUACUUUACUUGUGGCAUGAAUUGGACCCAUACGUGUAUGUGAUGUGAAAGACAUGUUUGUUGUAAAAACAAUCAAUAGGCUAAUAAUUUGAAAAUUGGAUGCAGUUGUGUUA